AUGGAGCAUUUUGUGAAAUAUUCGAACGCAUCUCUUAAUAACCGAGUCCUGCUUAUCCUCGACAACCACGAAAGUCAUAUCAGUGUUGAAGUCGUUAAAUAUGCAAAAUCAAAUGGAGUCACUUUGCUGACUAUACCCCCCCACUGCAGCAGAAAGCUACAGCCAUUAGAUGUUUCCGUCUAUUCAUCUUUCAAGACUAGAUAUAAUUCAGCCAUGAAUAACUGGAUGAUCAGUAAACCAGGACGAACUGUUACGAUCUACAAUAUACCUGGAUUUGUAAACACAAUCAUGUCGCAGGCUUUUAGUCUAUCCAAUAUUUUGAGUGGAUUUCGAUCAACUGGGAUACACCCCUAUAACCCGGACAUCUUUACAGAUGACGACUUUUUAUGCUCUGCGGUAACAGAUAGAGAAAUGACUAGUGAACUCCAAAAGCAAGAUGUUUCUUCGAUUACUUCACCCUCAGUCGCUGCAAAAGUACCAUCAGAUUCAACCACGGUCGCAUUACCUUCAACAUCUACUGUACGUCAGUCAGAGCCUUCAACAUCAGCAUCAGUAUUCACGAAUGAAACUGCAGCUCCUAGAAUCAAUUCACCAUCAAUUUGA